AUCAAAACAGCUUAAGUAGUUGACCUUAGAUUUGGGGAGGCCCAAGGGCCAAUCCCAUCUCUACCAUUGGCUCACUGAGCACUUACCUUUCAGCCUCAAUUCUCUACCUGUGAAAUAGGAAUAAUAGCUAGGGUUGUUGAGAAGGCCAAAAGACAAAGCCUGUAUACUGCACUUUAGAUGAAUUAUGGUCUUACAGUAGAUAAAAAAGCUUUUUUUUGUGGCACUUAGCUCAUCUAGACUAAUAAACUUACGAAGAAUGAAAAAAAAUUAGACAAUUUUGAAAGUUUAAUGUUCUUCGGGAUUAUUGUUUGCCCAACUCUUUCUGCAUAGAAAAUUACCACAUGCUUUCCUGUGGGGCUUAAACAGUUUCAACCUAGGGCCAAGUGGCCUGGUGUACAUAGGCUACUUCCAGGAGGAGGGUUGGCUCCACUUCUGCAUCUAUACUGGAGCUUUUUUUGGAACAUCCACACCACAUGAUCCCUGAAUCACCUCUUUACUGUAUUUCCCCUUGCUAUCCUGCGGCCCUUCCUGAACUUGGAUUAGCCGAUACAAUCUUUUGGGAAAGAGCAUUGUCAAAGCAACUUUCCAAGCUGUCUAGAUGGGAAGGUGUGUAUUUUUCCAGGUUCUGACCACAUCAAUACACCUCCCUCCCCACACACACACACACUGUGGUCAUCAUUCCUCCCUCCACAACUGGACAAAAUGUUGGGAUUUUUUAAACAAAAGUUGGUAAUUGGCGUAUCACUGUUGUGUUAAGCAGUAGUGAUCUAUCAAUUAUCGAUUUUAAGCUACAGUGAGCUGUGAUUAAUAUAUUCUUAGAUCUUAAGACUGGUAUUUGACAUAUCAUUGUAACUUUGCACUAUACACUAUUACCACCUCAAUUACUGUUUUUUUUUUAAAGAGUCUGGGAAAAAAUGCCUCCCAUGUUGUGUUGUGUGUAGGGGGGUGGCAGCCAUGGGGGGCAAGGAGCAUGUGGGGGAAACUUCUGUGUAGGGGCUCCAUUGCUACCGCAGACUGCAGCAAUGAGCAACUGGCUUGAAGCAUCUUCUCUGGACAUCCCCCCCACACACACACACACGUCAGAUGCUUGGCUUUAACUCAGAACGCCAGGAAGGUGCUGGGGUAGCAAAAGCUAUUGGAAGUUAGAAUGGUUCUAGCUCAAGAGCAUACUUUCUGAGUUUUAUUUAAGGACAGACCUAUGUUGAGUGCUUUACAAUGGUCUAGUCUCGAGGUAAUCAGAACACGAAUCCAUUUGGUUGCCAUUAUGUUAUGUUAUUCAUAAUAAACUAUAAAAUGUAUCCCAUUCGACCCUGUGAGUCAGUGUCUUCCCACUGGGGGAAUGAAUGAAUCAGUUCUUACCAUCAAAGUUUGGCACAAAAGCAAAUACAUUACCAGAAAUGUUACCAAGAACACAAGCAGAGCUCCUAAAGGUAAAACCAGAGAGGGGCCACCUAGUCCAGCCUCCUGUCUCUCUUAAGUGGCCAACCAGCUGCCCACAGGAACCAAACAAAUAGAUGAGAUAGCCUGUCUCUGAGCCCCCCCCCCUGCCCCGCAACACAUGAGGCUAGCUGGUGGUAGCUGGGGACUGGGUCUUCUCAGUCCUAGCUCUGUGGCUUUGGAACACCCUCCCCUCGCCCCUUGGGGUCCGGCAGGAUUAGUGUGGGUCUGGUGAUUCAAGUGUAUUUGAUUGGCAAGCGCCCUGCGGCUGCUUCCACACAGAAGCAUCAAAAUGUGCCUCUGCUGCAACAGCAUCUAAGCAGGCGGGGACAGCGUGCACGUGCCACAUCCCUGCUUUGCUCUCUGCAAUGCUCCCCCUCUCCUGUCCAUUAUCACACUGGUGCGGUGUAGGGUUGCCAACCCUUGGGGAAAACCCUGGAGAUCCUGGGGGCGAGAGCCUGGGAAUGGCAGGGUUUAUGGAGGGAAGGGAGCUCAGCAGGUAUGAUGCUGUAGAGUCAACCCUGCAAAGCAGCCAUUUUCUUCUGUGGGACUGACCUCUAAUUCCAGGAAAUAUGCAGGCCGCACUUGGAGGUUGGCUACCCCACAAGUGCAAUAGCACCGACAUGGUAACAAUCGCUCCAGGCCUCCUCCCUCCCUCCCCUUCCUACCUCAGCCACGGUGCAAAGCUGCACCAUGGCUCAGCUUUGAAUGAGAAAAGCCAAUUAAAGGGCUAAAGGGGACUCUGCCAUUUUGGAGGGGGUUAGGGUUGCCAACUCAUGGUUGGGAAACUCCUGGAGAUUUUGAGAGUGGAACCUGAUGAAGGUAGGGUUUGGGGAGGCAAGGAACGUCAGCAGGGUAUAAUACCCUACAGUCCAUACUCCAAAGUAGCCAUUUUCUCCAGGGGAGCUGAUCUGUAUGGCCUGGCGAUCAGUUAUAAUUCCUCCAGAUCUCCAGCCACCACCUGGAGGCUAGUAACAAAAAGGGGGCCAGCCCUGGUAACAGCAAUUAGGGAAAAGGGGGGAGGGGAAACCAUCCCACCAAGGGCUAUAACAGUUAACCUCUUAAGAGCUGAAUGAAACAAUAAAGGAUGUGUGCGAAGGAAUUUUAUAACAAUCUUACUGUGCAGACAUAUGCAUUCCUUAUAACCAAAACGCAUAAAUUCUCAAGAAUAAAUAUAUUCAUUACAUAAUACAUUUCAUACAAGGUAUGUAUGAUACAUCUCCAAGAGCUAAUAUUAUGAUCACAAGUUCCACACGUGGAACCGGGAGGGUUGAGAAUGGUAUCCUCCUAUACAGGCUUAUAUCAAUUUAUCAAUAUGCAUUCUUUCCUCCACAUAAAGAAGGUAAGCUUCCAGUCAUGCCCAGAAUAAAGGUUGAAUAACUCAUCUAUAUAGCGACAAAAUUUACUAAUAUUAGACCCAAAUGGAUUCCCUGGUCCCGUGAUAUAGGUGGCUUCCCACCUGGCCAUGAAGAGGUUUGCCACACUGGGUGCUGCUGCGCAACCCAUCGCCACCCCCUUAAUCUGCAAGUAAUAAUCAUCCAGAAAUUUGAAGUAAUUGUGUUCCAAUGUCAGAUCCGCCAAUUGAAGUAAAAAUUCCAUUGGUGGAUUGGCCCUCUGGUCUAAUAUUAGUAAAUUUUGUCGCUAUAUAGAUGAUAACCCCAGUUUUUUAUGUGCUACCCAAGGUUCAUAAAGGUCUUUUUCCACCACCAGGUAGACCCAUAGUUUCUGGAUGCAGCUCUAUAUUGGAGCCGCUUGGUAUUUAUUUGGACACCUUUCUCCAAGCAGCAAUUAGUAAUACACCAUCUUAUAUAAAGGACACGGGGAACUUCAUUAAAAUAAUAGAGAAUGUCCCUGUGGAGCCUGAUUAUAUUCUCCUCACUAUGGAUGUGAGGUCGUUAUAUACUUCAAUUCCCCAUGAAAUGGCUAGAUUUUCAGUGAUGGAGGUCCUCCGGCGAAGACAGGAACAGAGACCUAGUUCUGAAUUUUUGAUCCAAUUAUUGGAUCUAAUAGUUGAAAAAAACUACUUCAGAUUUGAGGAUACCUUCUACAUGCAAAUUAAAGGCGCUGCGAUGGGAUGCAGCGCGGCCCCAAGCAUUGCCAAUAUUUUCAUGGCGGCAUGGGGGGAGAAAUAUAUAAUGAAUGAAACUAACCCCUUCUAUCGUCACAUAUGCAUAUUUAAAAGAUACUUAGAUGAUCUCUUUUUUGUACUGCACAACAAAGAAGUGGUACAGGAAUUCUGCCAUUGGUUAGAUCAGAGAGAUGAGAACAUUGGGUUUACGUGGAACAGUGAUGAAAAGGAAAUUAAUUUUCUGGGCAUCACUGUUUUUAAGAGCCAGGAUAAUAAGUUAGAAGUGCGACCAUACAACAAACCAACAGAUAGAAAUAGUUAUCUAUCUUUUGAUUCCUAUCACUCAGCUUCUCUCAGGGAAAAUAUACCUUAUGGACAGUUCCUGAGAUUGAAGAGAAACUCCACACGACAGGAGGAUUACAUCAGAGGCAGGGAUAACAUGAUGGCGGCAUUUAGGAAUAGGGGCUACCCUGAAAGAGUCAAGCACAGAGCUAAGUGUAGAACGGAUCAAACUCCUAGAUAUCAACUUUUGGAACAAAAAUGGGUAGAGAAAAGAGGGCGACUUUUUUGGUCUCUAGAUUAUACACCUCUAGCCAAAUCAUUGGAAAAUAUAGUUCGUAGACACGGGCAUCUGGUUAUGGAAAUCGCAGGAUGCGAGAGCCCUCCAGGUGUCAGUUACAGGCAAACGAGAAAUUUAAAAGAGGUGAUCAUUCACUCUGAUAUGACACGUAGAAUGGAAGUAGCCAGUAAACCAAAAGGAAAUUACAGGUGCGGCCACUGUGCACUUUGCCCACUUAUGUUACAGGGCAAUGAGUUAAAAAUACUGGGCACAGGUAGGAAAAUACGGAUUAAUCACUUUGCUACUUGCCAAACAGAGGCAGUUAUAUACCUUUUGAUUUGCCCAUGUGAAAAACUAUAUGUGGGAAAUACAAUAAGACAACUUAGAGUGAGGGUUUUGGAACAUAUAUCUAGGAUAAGAUCAAAGGUUAUGGGAGCACCCUUGACUGGGCAUUUUUUGGAGGAGAAACAUUCAGCUACGGACAUGAAAGUAGCAAUACUUACGGUGGUACGGCCAACUGGAUCUAUUAAUGUUAAUAGGGAGCUCCUCAAAAGGGAGGCAGAAUGGAUUUUUUCCUUGAGAACCUUAAAGCCAAAAGGCUUAAACACUGAACUUUCUCUCCAAUGCUACUUAAUAGAUUAGGGAGAAAUAGGUUCUAGUACUUUAACUCGUUUGUGAUUCUUGCAGAGAAGAGUAUAUUAGGAAACCAACUACACCUGGGGGGACAUGUGGCGGUUCCACGAAGUCGCUCCUGGGUUUGUCCUGAAUGAAUGUACAACGGGUAAGCCACGGGUCCCUGAGGAAGUCCUGACGAAAGCUGCUGUUUAGCUGGCCGCAGUUAGGACUGUCAGUGGCUCUUCAUUUUUGGAGACGGAGGUCCAACUGGAAGUGCAUAGAGAUACUGUUAAAAAACGAAGAAAAGUGUUGUUUUUGUGGACCGCUUCUCCCUUGCAACCUAUGGAGCAUAAACUUUGAUUUAAAGAGACAGCACUAAGGAAGCAACCAGAAGGGGGUCUUAGUUACCCUUCCUUUUUUUGUGUGAAAGAAAGACGUUGUAUUACUGAGUGAACAAAUCAAUGGUCUAUUUGCAUGAAGUUACAGUAUUGCAGUUUACUCGUGUACACGAUUGUAUUGCCUUUGCUAUACAUUUGUAUUUUUGAUAUGAAAAGACUGAAGUAAUUGCAUGUUUAUUUUGGAAUACACUUUGAUAAAUUUCUAAUAUGUAUUUUUGAUGAAUUAUUGUUGGUUAUCCGGGUGUAUAGGGUUCAAGUAGCCAGCUCAAGGUUGACUCAGCCUUCCAUCCUUCUGGGGUUGGUAAAAUGAGUUUCCAGUUUCCUGGGAGUAAAGUGUAGAUGACUGGGGAAGGCAGUGGCAAACCACCCCGUAAAAGUCUACCAAGAAAACGUUGUGAUGUGACGUCCCCCCAUGGGUCAGUAAUGACUUGGUGCUUGCACAGCGGACUACCUUUACCUUCACUCUACAUACAUAAUAGGCCAAUUGUAGAACUUCAGGAAAAAAUUGAAAGCUUUUUUUAUCCUGUAGUUGAAAGUUAAGAAAAACUAAGAACAAUGAUCAAUAAGACAAAUUAGUUAUUAAUUUGCAAUUUAAAAUGUUGAAUAUAAGGUUUUGUAUUUAAAUAUAUUUUAAUGUAAGUAUGUAAGGGGCUGAUGGGGAGAAAUGGUUUAUGGUUCAUAUCCUCUGUUAUA